AUGGAAACUUCUGGACAAAAUAAAAAACAAUCGACGGCUUUCACUUUCUUUGGUGAGCCAAUAAUUAAAACACGUUGUCAAAGAAAUGCUAUGAUAUCUGCUAUUUCUGGUGGCAUAAUUUGUGGUUUAAUAACAUUUUUGUUUACAAGUAAUCCAAGAUUCUCUACAAAAAUGGGAGUAGUUAGUUAUGGUGUAAUAGGAAUUACUGGUGCAUGUUAUUGUGCAUAUGAUGAAAUAAAAUUAAGAAGCGAAGCAAGAGAAUUUAGGAAAGUUAUAGUGCAAUAGAGGGCGAUAUUGUAAUCGUGAUAUCAAGUGAAGUUCUGUUUGCUAUAUGCUCAUUGGUGUUUGGCGUUUGGUGGGGUGUGUAUGACAUCACGACGCAUAUUGUGCUGGGACAAGGUUGGGGAAUCUAUAUGGGGCAAUGCGUGUCUCGUAAGGCGGGCGCCGUCAUCGCAACCGGUCAUCGCGAUUCGCUCACCUAUCGUAUCAUGGAUAAACCUGCCAAGGUAAAUGGUAAUAAUAGUAAUGGCACCUUGUUGUUAGAAUAAUCCUUUAAUUUAAUGAGGAUCAAGUCCGUUUAUAUGAAUCUCUAUCCAGUUGAAUGAAAAUUUCGGGCCAGUUGAACGUUGAACCUUUGCUGAUUGAAUCCAUUUAUUCAAAUCUAAGCUCCUUAUUGUGUGAACGAAAAAUCAGCAGCAGGGGGGAGAGGAUCAGUGGGCGCCUGUUAUAUGAAUUCCAAUUAAACCAAUCUGUCUCACGUCCAGUUUAUAUAAACGGAGUUUAUAUUCUAUUCUUUAAGAUGAUUUAAGCUAUUGGAAUUCGAUUGA